AAAUUUGACAGCAUCAGUUAAUUUCACACUGUCAGCGUGCUAUGACAAUAAUUGUGAAAUGAGGGAGCUCGUGAUAAAUCUCAGCAUUCGAUUCGACAAAUCACUCUACGCAACUACGUACGUACUACGUAGUGCACUCUAGAAAGCGAAGGAUAGAAAGAGAGGGAGAGAGAGAAGGUAUCAUGCAGUAAUUCGACGCAUUCAGUUGCGUUUGGUCAUCGUGUGGACGUGUAGAGUUGUUGUAUUCUUCAAUGAAUUGACAAGAACAGAAUAAAAAUAAAUAUGCGCUGGUUAAUUCUGUGUAUCUUUGCGGUUAUGCUAAUGCACAGCAUAGAUGGGAAUGGCGACGAGGCGCCGUUAACCAAACUCGGCGCAAAAACCGGGCCGACUCUGAGGUUCUUUUAUUGCUACUCGUGCGGCUAUAGAAAAGCCUUCGAACAGUACGUAAAUAUUCUUAAGCAGAAGUAUCCAGAACUUCAUAUCGAAGGCGAGAAUUUCAAUCCACCUGGUUAUAAUAUGUUAAUUGCGAAAGCACUGGGCACAUUAAAAAUACUUAUAAUUGUUCUAAUUGUAAGUGGAACUGAUUUUGGUUUGCCCCGAAUAUCGAUAUGGCAGUGGUGUUUAAAGAAUCGUUUUUAUUCCUGUGUAUUGAUUUUCCUGCUUGGCAAUGCUAUAGAAGGCAUAUUGGUCUCAUCGGGUGCAUUUGAGAUACAUUUCAAUGAUGUUCCUGUUUGGUCAAAACUUGAAACUGGCAGGAUACCACAACCACUGGAAUUAUUUCAAAUAAUUGACUUUCACCUAGAUAUGCAAUUUUCAGAAAUGGAAAUGGAUGUAGGAAAAAUCAAGUUCCAAACAUAAAACAUAAUGUUAUUUCAUAUUCUCAAAUUGAUAAAUCUAAACUGUACCAUACCAGAAAGAAUGCUAAUGGUGUAAUGUGAUGAAAAUAUGUACAAUAUGUAUUUGUUAAGUAAAUAAGGUCUUUAAUGUAUAUCUUAUCAUAGAACAUAAUUCCAUUAAGACUACAAACAUAUAUAAGUG